AUGAUCGCGGCAGUGAAGUGUGCAGUCAGGUUCCAGCGCUCCGCGCGGAGCAUGACGCAGAUGAUUCAGCACUUCAAGAACUACAUCCCCGAGCCAUACACCGGAUCGGGUUCCUACAAGUCUGCUGGCCAGGCAGCCACGGUGACCAUCAAGCUGGCGCAAAUGGCCCAGAAGUGCGCCGCCCUGGCCGCCCACAAUGCCGCCAAGUGCAUCGAGCUCGCCAUGGACCACGACGGCAUCAUGCCUCAUGGCUCGAUUCGCCAGGACGCCCGCACGCUCAGGGACAAGGCCACGGAGUUGCGCGACAUGUUUAGAGAGCACGGCGCCAAGUUCAGCGAGUACUGCAACUCGCUUGAGCAGCAGGCCAACCCCGCGGUCCCCGCCGAGGCGCAGGAGGACGGCCUUUGA